UUUAUGGCCAUCAAGACUGAAAUAAUGUUUUGUUUUUCUUAUUUCCGUCGACUUUCGUCUUUUUCAAAAUCGCAACUUUUAUAUAUAUUUUUUUCUCUCGCCUUUCGAUCAUCGGAAAAGCUCUUUUUCAAGUCUCCCCAACUCAUAACUUUGAAUUUUCUAUUUGCCCCCUCAUAAAAUUUGCUUCUAUUCUCUUUGUUUGUUGGAGUUCUCAAGAUCUGUUUGAUUCUGAAUCCUUGUAAUUUUUGUAUCCAACCAGUAACAAAUGGGGUUUUGUGAAGGUUUAUGAGUUUCCCAUAUUCAAAUGGCGAUCUUUUAGUCUGAGUAAAAUUGUGGUUCUUAUCUGUUUUUGUUAAAGUUUCGAUUUUUAUUUUGAGGGUUGAAUUCGAGAAAUUUUGAUGGAAGCGGGUAGCUCCAAUUCGUCGGGUCAGCUAUCCGGGCGGGUCGUUGAUACAAGAGGCAAACACAGGAUUCAAGCUGAACUCAAAAGGCUUGAACAAGAAGCUCGAUUCUUAGAGGAAGAGCUGGAGCAGCUUGAGAAGAUGGACAAUGCAUCAGCAUCCUGCAAAGAGUUCUUAGACAGUGUUGACAGCAAACCCGAUCCUCUUCUUCCCGAAACAACAGGUCCGGUGAAUGCGACAUGGGAUCAAUGGUUCGAAGGCCCUAAAGAAGCAAAACGAUGUGGCUGCUCCAUUCUUUGAUCUUCCUUUCCUUCUCUCAAAAUAUUUUUGUCUCUACUUCUUCCAGAAGAGUGAGUUUGUGUUUUUACGUUCCCGCGGCAGUGAAUUUGAUGUAAUUGGCAAAAAAAAAAAUUGAUUCAUUUGUGCAGUAAAAAAUCUAUUGAUCUUGAUGUGUCUCUUAAUUUAAGAAGACCACAGUGCCAAAUUCACGCCACCACAAGAAAAUCUAGCACAGUGGCCGUCGGUGAUCCCCACACCAAUGCAUCUCAGUUCCAGAUUGUCUUGGAAAAGUUCUCGUUUCUCGAUGGUUUACAUGUCGUGUUCGGGCAAGUUGUUGAAGGACUCGACGUGCUCAGGAGCAUUGAAGACGAGGUUGGAACUUUGAACAGGAUUCCUUCCAAGCCGGUGGUUAUCGCAGACUGUGGUGAGCUCUGAGAGAGGCUACAAUGGUGUCUUGUCUUGUUUUAAUGGUUGCUCUGUUUUUGUUUUUAGUUCGUUUGGAUUUUGAGUUUGGUGGUAGUUUUAAAUCUGAAACAAAACAAGAUUUUUUUCUUCCAU